CAUGAAAUCGAACACACCUAAAUGGAAGAGUAGCGCUCCGUCACGCGGUGUGGUCACAUGACCGCUGUGUGGACGCGCGAGCUUUUACUGAGAGCUAAAUAGUCUCACGCGCACACGAGAAGCAGCUCGGAUCAGUUGUUUUUGCGCGUUAGCACGGGUUUGUUUUCUCUUAUUUUAAUGCAUCGUGACCCAGACUCGCUUUUUAUGACGGAUAUUUCUCUCGCACUACCAAGAUGGCCUUGGUUGAUCAAAAUAACGCCGUUCACGACUCUACCGAGAAAGAUCGAUUGCUGUCUCCAGUGAAUUGCUAUGGUUCCCAUGACCACUGCAUUGACCACAACAACUCCAGGUUGUACCCGGCGACAGGAAUUUGGGUUACCAUGGACCAGGAAGAGGAAGCGCUGCGGAGGAAAAUGAAAUAUUUCUUCAUGAGCCCGUGUGAUAAGUACCAUGCCAAGGGUAGAAAGCCAUUUAAACUGGUCCUGCAGAUCCUAAAGAUCUUCAUAGUGACAGUACAGCUUGUACUGUUCGGUUUGAGUAACCAGAUGGUGGUGACGUUUAAAGAAGAAAACACAGCCUCCUUUAAACAUCUUUUCCUUAAAGACUACGUUGAUGGUGCUGACGACACGCUGGCAGUGUACACGCAGAGUGACGUCUAUGAGCAAAUCUAUUACGCAAUAGAACAGUACCUGAUUUUGCCAGACACCACUGUGGGACGCUACGCGUACGUGUACGGAGUGGGCGUCAAUGGCAGCGCUCUGUCUCUCUGCCAGCAAUAUUAUAAAAAAGGCCGCAUCGACCCAGCCAAUGACACCUUCAGCAUCGACCCACACAUUAUUACAGAUUGUGUAGGAGUCUCACCGCUCAGCAUACCCGAUGGCUUUGUGAAAAAUGAGUUCAAAAACUUUACUCUUAAAUUUCACAAGCUCAUCAACGUUACAAUACAGUUUCAGCUAAAGGCUAUAAAUCUCCAGACCAUCAUAAACAACGAGAUUCCAGACUGUUACACUUUUGUAAUCACGAUCGUCCUGGACAAUAAGGCUCACAGCGGCAAGGUGAAGAUCAGUCUGGAAAACCAGGUCUCUAUCAAGGAGUGCAGAGACCCCAGUGUAUCCGGCCAUGCGGAGAGCUACACCCGGGUGGCCUUUGAUGUGGUUGUGGCAAUUAUGUGUGGCCUCUCUCUGGUGCUCUGUGGGCGCUCUAUUUUCCGAGGAAUCCUCCUUCAGCAUGAGUUUGUACAGUACUUUAAAAACAAACUGAAACGCUCAGUGUGUUGGGGGGACAGGAUGGAGUUCAUCAAUGGCUGGUACAUCCUGCUCAUCAUCAGUGAUCUGCUCACCAUCGCCGGCUCCUUCAUAAAGAUCGGCAUUGAGUCCAAGAACAUCUCGUCCUAUGACGUGUGCGGGAUUUUGUUGGGAACGUCGACACUGUUGGUGUGGGUAGGAGUAAUUCGCUACCUCAGCUUCUUCCAGAAGUACAAUAUUCUGAUUGUGACGUUGCGUGCAGCGUUCCCUAACGUGAUCCGUUUCUGCUGCUGUGUGGCAGUGAUCUAUCUGGGCUACUGCUUCUGUGGCUGGAUUGUUUUAGGGCCAUAUCAUGUCAAGUUUCGCUCGCUGUCCAUGGUGUCAGAGUGCCUGUUCUCUCUGAUAAAUGGAGACGACAUGUUUGUCACCUUCAGUGGCAUGCAGGAGAGUAGCACGCUGGUGUGGGUCUUCAGCCAGGUGUACCUGUACACAUUUAUCGCUCUGUUCAUUUACAUGGUGCUCUCGCUGUUCAUCGCCCUCAUCACCGGGGCGUAUGAGACCAUCAAGCACCAAACUCAGGAGCCCAUUCACAUCACCGAUUUACACGCAUUCAUCGCUGAGUGUAAAGACACGCCCAGCUCUGGAAAGUUCCGGGGACUGGAGACAUCACCGUGCUCCUUCUUCUGCUGCUGUGACAGGACCACCACCUAUGAAGACGUUCUACUGGUGAACUAGUUCAACUACAACUCUUAUGCUCUCUGCUGGUGACCGUGUGAUGUUGCAUCCAUUCAUUGGCUGGAAAGAGGAUAAAUACAGAUACCAAACGUUACAUCCAAUACACAUUUACCUCCACAGACUCAGCACACGCUGCAGGAGAGAGGAUUUUCCUCCUGGGUGUGAUGGUGAGAAAGAAGUAAGAAAGACUCCCCAUUUUACAGCGCGGCAUGAAAAGAACAGAGCGAUGGAAAGGCCAAAAAAGCUAUUUUUGUCUGUCACCCACUUCACAAAGAGCAGUACUAUGUAGGUGGAGUACACAAGCUUUUAUUUAGGAAAAUGGUGUAUGUAAGUUAGGAGAUCAGUGUUUUAUGUGUCGUAUUUAAUAUGAUUUUAGUGUACCGUUAACUUAAUAUUUUUGAUUGUUUUAAACUGAUAAGUAAUGGCUAAGUUGUCAUUUUAAAGAACAAGAACUGCCAUUGCACCGUAUCUCACUUUCACUACCCCACGUCUCAUCUCAGCACUAAUCACUUCCUCAUUGUCCCUUUUUAAAGGUUACAAAAUUAAGCCGACCUUAGAUAUAGUUAGCUGUUUUGUAAUAUUUUAUAUUCUCCACAAAUUCCAGUAAAAUAUCUGCUCAAACACAACAACGUUGAAACAGUAAGGACAAGGAGGCAUCUCUACUGGCCUAGUCAUGUCUCCUGCCCAUUCAGAAAGCUCGCUCUGUCAGACUAGCGUUCAGGCAUUCCAGCCUAGGCAUGUGCUUUGGAGUUAACAAUGAAGUGAGGGACCAUAAUUUGAUUUUGUGCUUCUGUUAUCUUCUGACAAAAUGAUGAGUGUCCUAAACUAGUUCUUCUUUUGCUGCAUUCUGAGAACUGUGUCUAACAUAAUAAUACAUUUUGCUGUUUCAAACCUGAGACAAUUCUGAAUUGGUUCAGAUAAGGUGGGUUUUAAUUGGGACCAGCAUGUAAAUCAUGCUUGAGGGCAUUAAAACUUUGCAAGCUUGGGAAAUAAAAGAUGCUGAGGCUGCAGUCAUUAUACCCUGGACAAACUGGAAUGGUUUGGUCUGUUCUGUUGUGCCUAGAUGUAAAUGAGCUCAUCAGGGUGCAGCGUCGUUUCUUUAAGGUCCAGAACAAUAGGAUUCACAAAAUGCGUGUAACAGCAUAUGACCUACAUCAUGAACCGUAAACACACAUGCUCUGUUCUGGAUUUUGGAGAUGUAGCAACAGCCACUGCAAUUACGGGUCGCUAUGGGGACCGAGCUAGAUUUGACUGAAUUUUAAUAUUCCUAAAGGUUCAUUCAGAAGAGGUUAUUGAGCAACAAAUGGAGUGUGACUGUUGCAAUGAUGCAGUAUGCAAACACUUUUUUUAUUUUCUUGUCUUAGUGACUGUGUCUAAGGCUGACUCAAUCACGAUGUAUAGAAUUUUAAUUUAUUCAUGUACGGUGGUGCUUGAAAGUUUGUGAACCCUUUAGCAUUUUCUAUAUUCCUGCAUAAAUAUGAAGCAAGUCCUAAAAUUAGAUCAAGAGAACCCAAUUAAACAAAUGAGACAAAGAUAUUAUACUCGGUCAUAUAUUUAUUGAAGAAAAUGGAUCUAAUGUUACAUAUCUGUGGCUAAAGUAUGUGAACCUUUUGUUUUCAGUAUCUGGUGUGACCUCUUUGUGCAUAAAUAACUGAAACUAAACAUUUUCGGUAACUGUUGAUCAGUCCUGCACGUCAGCUUGGAGGAAUUUUAGCCCGUUCCUCAGUAGAGAACAGCUUCAACUCUGGGAUGUUGGUGGGUUUCCUCACAUGAACUAAGUGCUUCAGGUCCUUCCACAACAUGUAUUUUGGAUUAAGAUCAGGACUUUGACUUGGCCAUUCCAAAACAUGAACUUUAUUCUUCUUUAACCAUUCCUUAGUAGAACAACUUGUGUGUUUAGGGUCAUUGUCUUGCUGUAUGACCCAUGUUCUCUUGAGAUUCAGUUCACAAGAGUUCCUGACGUUUUCCUUUUAGAAAUCUCUGGUAUAAUUCAGAAGUUAUUGUUCCAUCAAUGAUGGCGAGGCGUCCUGGCCCAGAUGCAGCAAAACAGGCUCAAACCAAGAUACUACCACCACCAUGUUUCACAGAUGGUAUUAGGUUCUUAUGCUGGAAUGCAGCGUUUUCCUUUCUCCAAACAUAACACUUCUCAAUUAAGCCAAAAUGUUCUAUUUUGGUCUCAUCCACCCACACAAUUUUUCCGUUGUCCUUCUGGCUUGUCCAUGUGAUCUUUAGCAAACUGCAGGUGUAUUGCAAUGUUCUUUUUGGAGAGCAUUGUUUUUCUCCUUGUAACCCUGCCAUGCACAGCAUUGUUGUUCAGUGUUCUCCUGGACUCAUGAACAUUAAACAUUAGCCAAAGUUGCUUAGAAGUUACCCUGGGUUCCUUUGUGAUCUCGUGGAUUAUUACACGUCGUGAUCUUUGUUGGUCUCCACUCCUGGGGAGGGUAACAAUGGUCUUGAAUUUCUUCCAUUUGUACACAAUCUGUCUGAAUAUGGAUUGGUGGACUCCAAACUCUUUAGAGAUGGUUUUGUAACCUUUCCCAGCCUGAUGUGCAUCAACAACUCUUUUUCUGAGCUCCUCAGAAAUCUCCUUUGUUCGUGCCAUGAUACACUUCCACAAACAUGUGUUGUGAAACUCAGACUUUGAUAGAUCCCUGUUAUUUAAAUAAAAUGGGGUGCUUUCAUACACCUAAUUGUCAUCCAAUUGAAAACACCUCCCUCUAAUUUCACAUUCAAAUUAACUGCUAACCCUAGAGGUUCACAUACUUUCUCCACUCACAGAUAUGAAAUAUGGGAUCAUUUAAUAGGUUAUUUAAUAACUAACGAGUAUAAUAUUUGUUUAAUUGGGUUCACUUUGUCUAUGUUUAGGACUUGUGUGAAAAUCUGAUGUUUUAGGUCAUUUAUGCAGAGAUAUAGAAAAUCCUAAAGGGUUUAUAAACUUUCAAGCACCAUUGUACUUACUCACUGGGUCACUUUAUUAGGACUACCUGUACACCUGCUCAUUUAUGCAGUUAUCCAGUGCAGUGAUGACUCGAUUUCUGAAAUACUCAAACCAGCCCUUCUGGUACCAACAGCCAUGCCAUGGUUAAAGUCACAGAGAUCACACUUUAUUCCCCCAUUCCGUGUUUGAUAUGAACAUGAACUAAUGCUCUUGACUUGUAUCUGCAUGUUUUGUUUUUUUUGCAUUGCACUGAUGCCACAUGAUUGGCUGAUUUAGAUAACUGCAUGAAUGUACAGGUGUUCCCGGUAAAGCGGGCGGUGAGUGUUUAUGUAUUGUAAUUAGUUUCUGUGUAUAUAAUGAGUUUUAAUUGUUCCAACAGUAAAAAGGAUACGCACAAUUUUUUGAAACAGCUCACUUUCUUCUUAAGGCUGGUCUAGUGUCUGUAUUACCUUACUGCAAUUACUAUGACUAAUCAUUACAAUAGAAAGUGGUAAACUGACCUGAGAUCAGUCUACAAAGGCUGGAAAGGUAUCAAAGAAUAUAGUCUCUGCUGAAAUCAAUGAAUGAAGUUUCUAGACAAGUGCUGGGAUUUUGUGUAAUAAUUUGUCACAGAGUUAUAUAAUAUAUAAAUAUUCAAAUCUUCCGUUUUGUCUUUUGCACAUGAUCAUUUUUGCUUGGUGAAUAGAUUAUACUGUCAAACAUCUCAUUUCUAUGGUGUUUUAAAAAUACUUUUUUGGACACUUUUAAAACACAGCAAUGUUUUUUUGUCUCUGGUUAUUUUAUCAAGUUUUUUUUUUUUGCACAUGUGUAUUGCUAAUCUGUUCUUCAUGUUGAUACACAUCCAAUACAGAGAUCUUUCUUUUUCUUUUUUGCAGUUGCAGACUUGUUUAUUACAAUUCACAGCAGCCUCUGAGAAAAUCCUUGAAUUUGUUAUAUGUUGUAUAAAUGUUUUCUCUGUCUCUGCUAAUUUUGUUGUUUGGUUUUCUUGCUCUUUUACCAGGUUGCUAACUGUCUGAUUACACUGGAUUUAAAUCCUGA